ACGGUACUUAUCGGCUUCCGUACUGACGAGUGAACUUCGUUCAGUACUGCACGUCUCAUCUGGCUUGUCAAUCACGCUGCAGGUACAGUUCAGAUCCAAACUGAUAAAAUGAUACAAUUACGCGCUAUUUUCCGGAACGCGUCACGUCACGUAGAACAGCGUCUGUCUGUGAAAAGCCGACCUACGCAGCCAAGGGCAUGGAUCUCCACCGGACCUCAGCAGCAGCAUGGGACUUUCUAUGAGUUCCGCACCUAUUACAUCCAGCCGCAUCUCAACGCUGCCUUCCUCAAACUGACCAAUGAGAAGAUCCACCUGCGGACAGCCCACUCAGAGCUCAUUGGAUACUGGAGUGUGGAAUAUGGAGGUCUCAAUCAGGUUUUCCACAUCUGGAAGUAUGAUAGCUAUGCUCAGCGGGCAUCAGUGCGGGCAGCCCUGGCUCAAGACCCCAACUGGAUUGAGCAGUACAUCUCUAAAGCGAUGCCCAUGCUGAGCUCUCAGGAUAAUGAGGUGACGUACCUCGUACCCUGGAGCAAAGUUCAGAAGCCACCCAAAGAUGGAGGGGUUUUCGAGCUGGCCACCUUCCAGAUGAAGCCAGGCGGUCCUGCGGUGUGGGGCAAGGCGUUUCAGGCAGCAGUAGGCACCCACACAGGGUCAGGAUACGCCCACGCAGUUGGGGUUUUUCACUCUGAAUUUGGACCGCUCAAUCAAGUGCAUGUUUUAUGGUGGUAUGAGAGCGCAGACCAGCGGGCAGCGAUACGCCAUACAUCUCAUGAAGACGCCAGAGUGGUGGCGGCAGUAAGGGAGAGUGCAGCGUACCUGUUAUCACAGAAGAGCAAACUCAUGUUCCCCUGUGCUUUCUCACCAAUCAAAUAAAAUGGCUUCAUGGUUUGACUCCAAACUCAGGCAAAUGUAGAGGAAAAUGUAAUGUAAGAUAAGUGAACUGAUAAACAGAUUUAAUUCCAGCAAGUUUUUGCUGAUGGUCAAAUAAUGAUUGUGAAUCAAAAUAAUCCUUUGCAUCACAGUAAGACUUCCACCCUCAAACUACUGCUGAUACUCACCGUCAGCAUUUCGCAACGUCAUUCUUUUUCUAAAUAAAUGCUUACGUGUCAAAAUCCAAAAUGUCAAAAUUUGCAUUUUUGCAUGAAUAAGAUGAUGUAGUGUAGCUUCUUUUGGUUACAUUUUAAGCAGAUUGACACUGAAAAUAAAUCAUACGUUGAAUUUCCCAAUAUGACGUCACAGAUCAAACAGUGUUAGGGUUGUAGAAUUGUCAUUUUUAUUGUCUAAAUACAGUAAGUGUACAAAGCGAGUAACAGACAAUCCACAGCCAUAAAUUUGAAAUGUAAACAGGUAUUAAAUGAGGAACAUCACUGUGGUACUAAAACUUUUUUUCCUUUUAGGCUUUUUUUUUUGUUCUAUUGUUUUGGUUGAACCCAAACCAAAACUAAACCGUAAAUGAAAAACAGCAAAAACAUUGUCUGUGGAGAAUCCAGUGCAAAAAGAUUAACACAUUUUGACAUUAAAUUAAAUUUCAAUUAACACAGCAAGUAAAGUGCUUGGUUGAAAGGCGGACAACGCUGUCACCAAUCCCAAUGAGAUCCAAAAUACUGAUUUAACAAUCCAAACUCAAUGUAUGGACAGAUCACACUUACUCUACUGAACCGCUAUGUAAUACAGCUGGAAUCAGUGUUGUGUUUGUGGAUUUCUGUAUUUAAUGGUCCAGGGAUCCAAUGAAGGGCACACCAGAUGCCCUUAUACGAAAGAAGGCACAUAAAUGGUAUGUUUUAAAUGAUUUCCUUCUAAGUUAUUCAUGCGAGGUAUUUGUUACAUAUUGUAACCGUAAAGCUUACUUGUAUAAACUUUCUUUUAUUAUUUAAAAAAAAAAAAAAAAAA